AUGGUUUUGAAGAGAAAAGCUCACACAAAAUCGCGGACGGGCUGUGGCGCCUGUAAACGUCGCCGGAUCAAGUGCGACGAAGGAAAGCCGCGAUGUUCGCACUGCGUCCGGCAUGAAGUUGCAUGUGUAUAUCCAGAGUUGGUGCCACCGCGAGCCAAAAGCUCAAGCGCAGCUGCAACAUCUCCUGGACUGCCACCAACAACUCCAGAUGCAAUACUACACUUAGCUACACCUCGGAACGAUCCUUUCGCGGCCAGCACACCAUGCUCAGAAACGAAAAUCAUCCCCUCAUUUUCGCUCAAGGACAUGUCCCUGUUGCACCAUUGGACAAUAGCCACGAGCCAUUCGAUACUACCUCGCAUGGCAACAGUCAACCGCCUUUGGCGGGAUGUUUUCCCAGAAAUCGCAUAUAACCACGCUUACAUGAUGCAUAGUCUCAUCAGUCUCUCAGCCUUACAUAUUGCCUAUGUUCGUCCAAACGAUAGACGCGCAAACCUACAUAUUGCCGCGCAUCACCACACGCUCGCGCUUAGCGGGUUUAGGGCAGACACUUACUCUAUCAGUGCAGAAAAUGCUGAUGCAAUAUUUGCCACUUCAACACUCAUGUUCUUAUACGCCUUUUGUACAUUUUCUAAACUUUCAGACGAAAUGAUGGACAUACAGCAUGAUGGCGACAAUGCCAGCAGCAUCUCAGCUCGUACAUCGCGUAUCCUAGGUGCAGAAUGGAUACCCCUAGUCCAUGGCGUAGGGACCGUGGUACACUCAGUAUACGACUACCUCCAAGAGGGACCUUUGCGAUCAACACUCCAUCUGAAGGACUGGGAUACUAUGGAUCCUGACGUGCACCCUGGGCCGGACGACGAGCACUUGUUGCGCAUCAAACAAACAUGGGCGGACGAUGAAAACAAGGCAACUUAUGAUGAGACAUUGUACUUGUUAAGAAAGAUGAGUGCGUGGGAGGUACAUUUCCUGAACACUUGGGAGGCGCAACAAGAAGAGUGGGGAUACAAUGGUGGCUGGUCCGCUCCGUUUGUUUGGUUAUCAGUAGUACCCAAGGAGUACUUCAAGCUACAGCGGCAAAGGCAGCCUUUGGCUUUACUCAUCUUUGCCUACUUUGGUGCAUUACUAGAGCAGACUCUUCAGGAUUGGUGGACAGAUAGUUGCGGGAAGAGUAUUGUCGGCGUGGUCGAUGAUUGCCUAGGAUCGUACUGGGCUGAAUGGAUGGCAUGGCCAAAACAAGUUGUCAACCAGCACCAGCAGCAACAACGUUAUCAGCAAAACGCCAAGAGCUAA